GGGAUAGAGAUCGAGCCGAGCGAGCGAGAGAGAGAGGAGUGAGUGAGCUUCGCCCGGGUUCGCUUAUAACAUACAUACACUUGCCUCUCUCUUCUUGCCUCUAUCACUUACCUAUUUUACCUUCUCUUCUCCAUAUCUGACUCUUUGACAACAACGAGGCAAUCAAUCUGCAACAACAACAACAACAACAACGAUAGCGACAACAACAACAACAACAACAGCUAGAAAUGUAAAUGUUGCUCGUGUAAAAAAAAGUGUGCUAGUGUGUCGAUUUGCGUACAUCCAUCAACCGGUCGUGGAAAUUUUUUUUGUUUCCUCGGCCGGCGUAAAGUGCGUGCGAAGACGAGAUCAAAAGUUGAUUCUCGAAAAGUUGAUGGUGCGAGAUAAUAAUGACGUGAUCAUGUGCACUCGGGUCAUUCAACGAUAACGCAUACGACGUCGACGACAACAACAGCGACAGUAGUAGUAGUGGCAUCGCUACGUCACGAUGAUCCAUCAUUAUAGUUGUUAUCUUGGGAUGAAUGGGCCAGUGCCACUGCUACUCGCACUCGUACGAUUGCUCUGAGAUAUGUCAAGUGCUCCGUGAGACAAGACGACGACGACGACGACGAGCCGAAGAAAAGAAGCUUAAAAGAAAGAAGGAGCUGGAAAAGUGCGCGUGAGCGAGUGUGAGUGAGAAAGAGAAGAGAUAGAGAGAGAAGCAAGAAAGAGGUAAAAUGAGAAGAGGAUGAGAACGUCAUCGUGCGUUAAUUACUACGUGCUCUGCCUCGUAUGCUGGGUUCUGCUCGGCAUUACCGGUGUGAGCACGAGAUCGCACUCACUGGUGAAGCGCUACGGCGGACUGUACACGGGCCCUUACAUCGACGCGCAGAACGUGACCAACGUCACCGUGCAAAUGGGCACCCACGCCUACCUGCCCUGCAAGGUUCGACAGAUUGGCAACAAGUCGGUUUCAUGGGUGCGGACGAAAGACACUCACAUACUGUCGGUCGACCGGACGGUAUUCAUCGCCGACGAGAGGUUCCAGUCGCAGUUCUACGACCAGACCAACACGUGGACGCUGCUGGUAAAAUAUGCCCAACCGCACGACGAGGGCGAGUACGAGUGCCAGAUCUCCAUGGAGCCCAAGCUCAGCCACAUAGUGAAUCUCGUGGUGGUCGUUCCGAAAAUCGAGAUACUGGGCGACAAGGACCGCUACGUGAAGACGGGCAGCACGGUGAUGCUGCAGUGCGUCGUAAAGAACUCGCUCGAGAUACCCUUCUACGUGUUCUGGUAUCAUCACGAGCGCCAGCUGCAGGAGCGCCGGGGCAAGAUGUCCAUACAGACGAAGCUGAUCGACGGCACGAACGACACGUCGAGCAAUCUCACCAUCUAUUACGCCGGCCCGGAGGACUCGGGCAAUUACACCUGUCGGCCGAGCAAUCUCGAGGCCAUCAGCGUGCAGCUGCACGUACUCAAUGGUGAGCAUCCGGCGGCGAUCCAGCGGGGAGUGAGCUCGGUGCCGGGCUGCUGUCGGCUCUUCUGCUGGCUGGCGAGCGCCCUGAGCCUGUCGGCGAGCGAGAGCGAACGCGUCCGGAUCUGCGGCCUGAUACUGCUGGGCCUGGCGGUGGCGACGACCCAGACCUAUUUGCCGAGCGCCCGAUGAACGGCCCUGCCGAGCUGCGCGUCACGACGACAUCGCCGGCGUCGACCGGCGGCCCACGCUGGAGCUGGCGCACAUUAUAAAUAAUAUACAUAACGAUUGCGAGAGAGCGAGAGGAUUGAGAGAAGAUCGAUGGGAAUUAUCUGCUGCGGUGUAUACCGCGAAUUCAUUAUUCGUUCGAACGAGACUCGUGGAUUUACGUAGCUGCUGUAUUGGCGCAGGCGUGCACUGGAAAAGACGCGACGAUACGUACACGGCAUUCGCUUGAUUUUCGACGAGGGAGGACAAUCGCGAGUGAUCAGUAAGAGGUCAUCGUGCUCGGGGCUCGUCCGAGAGCAGCUCGACGCGACAGUCUCGUUCUACCUGAAAAUUCAGUGUAUCGCGCAGCUUAUCGGGCACGCGCUUCUGCGAUACUCGUUGAUUUGCACACGCACUGAUCGAUCACCUAUUAAUAAUUUCCAUACCUGCGCCGUGAAACUGCCAACUUACAUCGGCACGAGUUAGUUGGCUUUGUUUUGAAUGUUAUAUCGAGCUGCUAUCACUAUCGACGUCUAACUGCGAUCCUCCCUCGAAGAUUAUCCAAGAGAAUCGCGUAUCAUAUACGUUUAUAGCUCGAAGAAAGUACCACCGACUACGUAACUAACACUCGGUUAUAUUUUCUUCUAUUCUACUCGCAUUACAAAAAAGGAGAGAAACGAGAAACUUCGGCGGAACGAUGAGAGAAGAGAGAGGCAGAAAGAGAGCGAAAAAAGUAUAUAUGCGCCCUGUAGGCGAGUGAAUUUGUUCUUUCACGAGCCGCUUUACGCUCGACUACGCGCUCGACUGAUUUAUUAUAUAUAGGUAUAAAAGUGUGUAGCAAAAAAAAGAUAUCUUCGAUGAAAUACGACUCUUGCUUUAUACACACACAUAUAUAUACACGGGACGCAUAUUUUGGCAGGCAGCCAACGAAACUGUGGCAGUCAAAUUUUGCGAGCUGAUGCGCGCGCGCAAACACGUACACGUACCCACACACUCGAGUCUUAUACAUGCACACCAAAUAUUAUCAUACACGCGAUUUGAAGUAAAUUUUUUGACAUUAUAGCAUUUGAUUUCGUGUCAUCGCUGCGCUCUCGUCUUCUGUCUUUCUCUCUCUGCAUGUGUGAUACAGCGCGAAUAAACGAAACUCGCGAGUUUUUGCCUGCGCGAGAGUCGUAUUUAGCUUAUCUUUUGCCUGCCUUUUUUCCGGUGCACGCGCGCCUAAGUGUGUCUUCGGGAAGACGAUGAUCUUCCGUCGACACAUCAUAUAAAUGUACAUGCGAGUCAUUUGCAAGAGAGCACAAAAAGAGAGAGGGUAGAAAAAAACGGUUAGAAAAAAAGUAUAUACGUAACGACACAUAGGUAUUGUGUAUAUGAAGGAGAAAAAAAAGGAUAAGCUGGAAGAAAAAUCUUCAUCUCGAGACAGUCUUAUAUUUGUAUGUAAAAAAUGCGAUCCGGCCGUUUAGUCUGAAAAAAAAACAAGUCAAGUUUAUAGUCGUUGAACUCGCAGUACUAGACGACGAACAUUGUGCCCGUGGUACCCGCCGCCUAUAUUCAGAUUGCCUAUAUAUAUAAUACCCCGCAGCCGGAGGGGAAAAAAGUAAAGUGCGCAGAAUGGAAAAUUAAAAUAUCGACCUAACGAAAUAGAAAGGAGUUAAUGAAGCUCCAUCGGUCAAUUAUUAUAAUGACUCGAGUAAGCCAAGGUGGAGCGCGCGAGGCGUUUAUAAUCGAGCGACACCCAAUCAUUUGUGCCGUGAAAGCAAUUAUCGACGCAACGCGCGCGAAAGCAAGUAAAAAUAUCUCCAUUGAGAAAUUAUCAGCUACGGCCCUUUCAUUAACAUUCCUCGCACUCUUGGCCGCCGCCGCCGACGCCGCGACGCGCGUGUACAAUAUAGCUAGCGUUUUUUUUUUCUUAAUUAAAAAAGCACGAGCGCCGGAAAAAACAGCAACCCCCCGCGCGAUCGAUUGAAAUCUGUCGCUUCGAAGAAAUCGGGUCGUUGCGCCGAUUAUCAGGACGCGUGUGCGAUAUGUGUGUACCGCCUUUUUUCAGUAUACACGUUUGCUCACAGACUUGGCUGUAAAUUGUUUCGCGCCAACGGAGGAUGAUUCAUGGGCGAUCGAGCUUCGAGAGGGCAUCCGGUAUAAAGCUAAUUUUCUCGCAUUAAUGUUGAUUUUUACCGCUCCAUUGCAUCCACCGCCGCAGCGACACUCUGUAAAACCAUAUUUUUCUUUCCUCGAGUGCUUUCGUUAUGAAAUUUUUUUCGCGCGAGGGCAAAAAAACGAUACGGCUUCAUUGCUUAUUUUUCUCUCGAGUAUACAAUAAUCAUUAAACCAAAAUUUAAUGGAUUUUCAAAAAUAAAAUGUAAAAUUUUUUAUAAAUCGAUGAAAUGUAAGCGCGCGCGGGAAGCGGGAAAAUGCCGAGUAUCGAUAUAAUCGUCGAGGGCUUAUAGAGAGAGAGAGAGAGUGAGAGAAGGUUUAAUACCGAGGGGCUGGCGCAGGCACGCACAUAGCUGCCGAGGCCAUUAGUGAUAAACGACACUUACUACCAGCCCUCGAGCUUCAGCUGUUCUCCGCGCUGCUAUAUACGUAUAUAUAGGUAGCAGUAGCCCGUCUGGCUGCUCUAUAGGGCCGUACCACUGGCACAUCGUCGAGGCGCGAGUUUUCGAGCCUUUAUUUGCACGUCGAUGUGUCUUUAGCCUCUUGCAUAAAGUAUAAUGUAAACGAGCUUGAGUCCUCGUGAGGUGAGAUCGAGCCGCAUAUAUAUAUAUAUUUCGGUAUAUAUACGGAUAUAUAAAAUAUGCCGAUUGAAGAGGCCAUUUACCGAGCUUUAUCCCAUGAAUGAUUUUCGCGCGACACGCCUCGUCUUAAUGAGCGGCGCUCUCCUGCAUAUACGAAUCUCGAGCUCACCUCAAUGAAUCCUGACUCGACCUUAUAUAUUCUCGAUUCGGAGUGGAAAGAAAAAUAAAUUGAUAAUCGUCCGAUCGAUAGCGAUACAGCCAGCCUGUCCUCGGCGAGAGGGCGAAAAAAUUGUAUCGCGGUCGCUCGUCGCACGAUUUCAAUCAAGACGAUAAUUUCAUUGUGUAUUUAAAUUUUGUGUGCGAAGGUAUUAAAUAAUAAAUUCGAAUACGUAAAAAAAAAAAAAAACAAAUUUUCUGCGAAUAGAUGCACAACGCAAAGAUUGCGAGGGAUGGAGAUACAUAUUCGCUGAAAUUCGUCCUGCAUCCUCGACGCGCUUAUACGUGAGGAAGAGAGGGAGAGAGGAAAAACCGAAUUGAAACUCGUUCGAUGUCAACCGGCCAAAGUGUAGUCGCGUUGCCUUGGCCAAAAUAUAUGUUGAACAAUUAUAUACAGCAUGGGAAAAUAAGAAUUAUUUUACAUUGUUGAUAUUACAUUUAUAAUUGCAACGUACUGCCAAUCUGUGAUGCGAACUUUCAGUACAACUUAGUUGUCGAGUUAUUACCUUAUUCUCAACAGUACAUGAUACAUCGUUAAAAAUGUUUUUAUACAAAAUAUAAAUAUAAAAUAUAUAUGUAAAUGUAUAUUGUAAGCGAAGUAUUUACUUAAUUAUAUAUACUUGGUGUAUGUAUUGCAGCUCGUGAACAACUGUGAAUGCGUAUUCUAAAAAAAUCAUUAUACACUACAUAUUGAACGAGUUUCAGCUCAAACGCCGAUGAGAAUAUAAGCCGUGAGGAUCCGAUCUGUGUGUGACAAUUGCGUGAUGGAACAUAUACAUAAUAUUUAUAAAAUAUAUAGGAAGAAUGAGAAAAAACAAGCUCGCGUACGAGUCAUCGUCUUAUUAAGAAAAAGAAACGACGCAAACAUUUGAUAAUCGCGGUAGCACAGGGACGAGUAAACUAUAAAAGUUAUUAAAGUCGAUAAUUGAAAGGAACGAAUAAUCGUCUGUACAUAAAUUAGCUUUUUAAGUAAUUACGAUGACACGCGCGCAUACACGGCGUACGUGUCAUCCAUAUAAUGCGAACGAACAUCCGUAAUUGUGGACAAUUGUAAAUGAUGAUAAGGAGCAAACAAUAAUAAAUAGUAAUAAAUCGUCCGCGCGUGGGAGAAUUUUGACAAAAAAAAAAAAACAAGAAGUAAAAGCGCUGCGUUUGACCGCCUGUGCUAACCAAACUGCCCGUGGGUGACGUUUCGUUGGACUUUAACAAACAAAAAAUAAUACCAUUCAACUUAUCACAAUGAUUUUUAAAUGUGUAAAUAUAAAAAUGUUCAACUUUUUUUACCGCAUCUCUACCUUCGAACACGACUGUGUCAGCGCACAAUUACCGGAGCGUAUGUAUGAAAAUGUUAUAUAGGCUCACUAAUAAUUGCGAUGUAAAAAUUCGAGCGACAAAAACGUCUCCUGCACUGGUCAGUCACACGUGCAAGCACAUUACGUCGUACCGUAUAAAUCAUCAUCAUGUCACUAGAUAUAAUGAUAAAAUGCAAGCACGUAAAAUCAUUAACUGCCUAUACGUAUAUGAAAUUCUUGAUUAACACACAAAGCCCGUUAUUAAGUAUAUUUACAUCUGUAGUUAGGAGAACAAAAAAAAAACGAUUGUAAUAAUGAUGACUGAAUUACUAUUUUGAUUGAGACAAACGAGCGCGAUAUGGCACUUUCCCUUUAACGAAUCGUUCGAUCGACACGAUUACAAUUAAUAAUAUCGCGUUGAUCCUGCGACACAUUUUAAAGCUACUUGAUAAAAAAUUUCAAGGUAUAAACGAGUAAAUUAAUCUUCUUUUAUGCGAAGAAAAAAUAAUUGAAAGAGUGACGUGAACAUGACCCAAUCAUUAAAUUAUGUCGACGUUGCUCUUUCAAUGGGCAUGGUCAAGAACUGACACGAACAGUCGAUUGUAAGCAAAAUUGCAUUUCUCAACUAGUGUUAAUCGAAUUAACGUCGUGGAAAUUCUAAAAACGCAGUGUUUUUGGAAUUCCACGAGCAAUCAAAGCUUUAAAAAACAUUGGUAAGAGAAGCGAAUGAACGUUAGAUUUGUCGGUUUGUCGCGUAAAAAGUAAACAUAGUUCACAGUGGAUAAAUUUAUAUGCAAACCUUUUCCCAAGAACCAAUAAAUUUCAAUAGCGAAAGGCACGAAAAUCCUCGACUUGAUCCAAUUAACUCGAAUGAAGAGCUUUCGAGGACGUGAAAAAAAGGCGUUGGAAAACAAAAAAAAAAGGUUCUCGGGAAGACGCAAAGGCACAAAGUUUUAGAAAAAAGGGAAAAAAGAUGGAAAAAGGCUCGAAGAGUAGAGAGAGAAUUUUUCGUGCAUGUGCGCGCGCGUGUACGCUUGUUCGUCCCGUCCGUCCUUCAGGAAGCAAAAGAUAAAGCAACAAGCCACAUAGGAGCAAGCUAAAUACAAAAGUAUGCAGCAGCGUGUGCGCGUCGUCGAGACUUUUUUGUUGAAGUAUUAUAAAUUGUGCAUGCCCAUUUGCAUUUGCACUCCAUGCCACCCCCUUCCUCCACGCACUAUCCUGUCUCCGUCUACUUUACCCUCCUCACUCCCUACAGGUAUAUGUAUACAGUAACACAGCAGCAGUCAUCCUCUUUUGAAUUGAAUAUAGCGUACAACUCGGCACUCUCUUAGCUUUUUUUCGGAAAAACUUGAUGUGUAGAGGAAAGCACAUUUGAAAGUAUAACGACGGCACUUUUUUAGCUUGAGGUGAAAAUUUGUGCAAUGGCACUGAAUUAUUUCAGCCGUGGACGUGACACUGCUGCUGCUUAUACUGCUGCGGCUGUUUGAAAUAUAUCGCGUAUAAUUUCAAAUGAUUAUGCACCUAUUGUACAAAGAAAAAAAAAGCUCCGAACGAUUUCUAUGCAGCUUCUCCGAUGCACGACAUGCACGCGUUACACAACACGAAUCAGCUGGAGAGGAGAGAAGUAUGAUCAUUAUAAAUAUAUUAUUAUACGUAAAUGACUAAAAUAAAUAUUAUAUACAUACGAUUACGAAGUAGCGACGUUUUGGCGCAAACGCAUACGAAAUAUACGAUUGCGUCGAGGCGAAGUCGACGAAAAAAAAAAUUAAAAGCUUUCAAUGAUCUGUAUAAUAUAUCUCAACGAUAUAUAAUAAUACGCGAAGUUCGAGCGCUUGACGAUUGUCACAUAGUUGAAUAAUAAUUAACUCCAUUUUUUCGGUGAUAAUCAAGCACUCGUGUGAACGAUGGCUCUGCUGAAAAUAGCUCUGAUUUUCAUGCAUUUCGGACAGUGUCGACGAUUAUCUCCGAAAUUUAAAUGGACCGCAGAAUUACAAGGAAAAAUCUCUUUGUCGAGCGAGCGAACGAACAAGAAACACCUCAACAAGAAAUUGCACUGUAAACAAAAGAAUACAUAAAAGCCUUGUCUCGCAGAUUCUUCGGCUUAGGAUCUGCGAAAUGACGCGAUUAAUUAUACAAAGAAACGAGGUGUGUCCAUAAAAAACGAAAGCGAAUGAGCAUGUAAACUUAAUGAUAAAUAGCCAUUAAAACGAAAUAAACGAAACAAAACGUAUUUAUUGAAAGAAUGAAUUGUGCUUGCAGGUGUGAAGAUAUUUAGAUUUAGUCGCGUGAACGUGAUCAAGAGGACGAAUGUAAAUGUUAAAUAAUAUGAUAAAGAUAUGUAUUAAGACGGACUUGAGGAAAAAAUGAUCAUAUAAGCAGAAACUUUUGCAAUCUAAAAUAAAAAAAAUGAAUAAAAUUGGUCGGGAUCGAAGAGCAAAGGGUGGCUAACAUCAUCAAUUUUAUCUCGAAUAUGCAUGAAAAAAAGUGCGUGUAUUCAUUUUUUACUGAAAAAAAAUAAUACAUUUUAGGAAAAAAAAUCUUCUUCUGCUCUCAAGCUAUUGCAUAGUAAGAGAGGAAGAGAGGACGAAAAAGAGAAAGAGAGAGAGAGAGAGAAAGCUAGCGAAAGCACUCGAUGUAAUUUUUCCGAGGAAGGAGUAUUAUACGUUGCGCGUAAAAGCUUUUUACUCGUCUGACAGCGUGAGCACGAGGCAGCAGCGAGUAUGAAAUGUACGGGGCUAGCGCAUCGUUGUUGUGGGUGUGCGUGUGUCUGUAUGCGUCGCUGUGUUAUUCUUCUACUUCCUUUUUACACGUGUGCGUGCAUCAUCGCCGACGUGAGACACAUUACGAUGUUCCUUUUUUCCAUUCGGAAUUACGUUACACGAGGAUGUGUGUGUGUAAGAGUGCGUGUAAGAGCAUGAACAAAUGAGAUUAUAUUCGGGACGAUAACGUUUGAGUUUGGGAACCAACAAGGAGCAUCGCGACGCGUGAUUUUUCGCUGUAAAGCUGCUUAAUUGAUAAACUUCGAGUUCUUUUUUCAUUUUACUCGUUUACUUUGGAUUUUUUAUAUAGAAUACAAGUUGCGGUACGUAACGUACCUCGACAUCUCUCCUUCUUGGUCCCUGAAUUUUAUUUCAAAUAUUGGAAUACUACGAGCAAUCGUCCUCAAUUUUAUGUAUGUAAUAACAAACAUAAAGCUUCAAUGAAAAUGAUAAAAAAACAAUUAUA